CGUAGAAUGCGGAUUUCGCUAGCUAGCAAGCAUAGCUAGCCAGCAAGCUAAAAACAAGCUUCUUGUUGUUAGGCUUCAAACUGGUAAAAUGUCUAAAACGCACUCGCAGCCUCCGUCAUCUUCGGCAGCGACGACUACCGGGGGACCCUCCUCGUCCUCGUCGUCUUCGCCCGCAGGGGGCUCGACAUCUCCCGCAACCGUGUUGAACGUUCAGCCCGAGAAACCUCAACAUUACACAUAUCUGAAGGAGUUCAGAACUGAGCAGUGCCCCCUGUUCGUACAGCAUAAAUGUACACAACACAGGCCCUUUUCCUGUUUCCACUGGCACUUCCUGAACCAGCGGCGCCGCAGGCCCAUCCGCAGACGGGACGGGACCUUCAACUACAGCCCAGAUGUUUACUGUACCAAAUAUGAUGAGGGAACAGGCACCUGCCCUGAUGGAGACGAAUGCCCAUUUCUACAUCGGACAGCAGGCGACACAGAGCGCAGAUACCACCUCCGCUACUAUAAGACGGGAUCAUGUAUUCACGAAACAGAUGCAAAAGGCCACUGCAGCAAAAACGGCUCCCACUGUGCCUUUGCACAUGGGUCACAUGACCUGCGCAGUCCUGUUUAUGAUAUCAGAGAAGUGCAGGUGAUGGAGUCUCAGGGAGGCUCAGGGCCCGCAGAGGGAGGCGGAGGAGAUGGACAGUCAGGACAGGCAGCAAGUACAGCCCUUAUAGAGAAGAUCCUGAGUGAGGAGCCCCGCUGGCAAGAUAACAACUACGUGCUGUCCCACUACAAGACAGAACUUUGUAAGAAACCACCUCGUCUGUGCCGUCAAGGUUACGCGUGUCCGUACUACCAUAACAGCAAAGACAGGAGGCGCAGCCCACACAAGCACAAAUACAGAGCGUUGCCGUGUCCAGCUGUGAAACAGAGCGAGGAAUGGGGCGAUCCCAGUAAAUGUGAGGGCGCAGAGGGAUGCCAGUAUUGCCACACGAGAACAGAACAGCAGUUCCACCCCGAGAUCUAUAAAUCCACCAAGUGUAAUGACAUGCAGCAGUGCGGCAGCUGUCCCAGAGGGCCCUUCUGUGCCUUUGCUCAUGUGGAAAGGCCCUUUGUUCCAGAGGAGCCACCGUUCCCCACACCCAGCUCCCCUCCACCCCCCAGACCUCCAGACCCUCUACCUGCUCAAGAAGCUUCUUCAAGUCCCAGCAGACACAACAUGGGCCCCGGACCGAGCUCUGGUUCUGUUUCAGACCCCUUCUCCCCGUCCGCAGGGUCGUGUGUAGCGGAGCAGGGUCUGUUGGGAAGUGUUUUGUCUCUGUGUGAGGACAUGAGCGGAAAAGCAGAGCCUCUGUCUCCUUGGGCGGGAGAGGGAGGGUACGGCAGAGCACCUGGGUUUGAGAGGGAGGAUCAGGCGAAGCAAAGGAGUUUUGCUCUGGAGCAGCGCAACAGAGAAUUGGCAACAGCACAAAGCAAACAGGACUUGUUAGUGUUUCUGCCCGUGGGAAGCCCUUUGAGUCUGUCCUCCAGCAUCCCCUCCAGUCUGGCCGCCACGCCGCCCAGCCCCGCUCCUCUGGGACCCCCGGGGUCCAGCAUCUCCUCAGGCAUGAACGCUAACGCCCUGCCCUUCUACCCCACCAGUGAGACUGUGGAGUCAGUUGUUGAGUCAGCCCUGGAUGACCUCGACCUGAAUGAUUUUGGCGUGUCAGCGUUGGAGAGGAGCUUGGAGAGCAGCUCGGCUCUGCCCACUGUGGGAGUGAUGCUGGGAGGUAGCCAGUUUCAGAGUUCAGCCCCAGUCAACAUCCCAGGAUCCUUUAGCAGCUCUGCUCCUUUUAGCUCUCCUUCACCGUCUCCGCCCAUCAGGCCGCACGCUUCGCCAUUCUUUCCCACUCACUUGUCACAACCUGGCCAAUCAGAAAGCACCUUCUUGGGACCAUCUCACAGCUCUUUAGGUUUGAAUGGUAUGAGCACUAAUAUUUGGGAGCAUUUUCCAUCGGGCCAGGGCUCCCCUGGUACACCCCCAACCCUUCUGCCCUCUGGCCCCUGUGCAGAGACCUCCAGGCUCAAACAGGAGCUGGAGGAAGCUCACAGGACGCUGAAGCAGUGGGGUCACAGCUGGAGACACACAGCUCAGUCGUGGGCUGCUCUGAAAGCAGAUGCAGAGGAGUCACGUGCACACGCGGCACGGUUAGCCAUGGAAGCAGAGAGAGCCAAGCAGGCAGAGGAGGAGGCACAGAGGCAGGCUUCUCUCCUGCAGGAGGCGCUGGAGAGCUUAAGGAGUGGAGAAAACCCUCAUCUAGCACUGCAUCAGCUCCAGCUAUUACACCGGCUGCCUUUGGAGUCAGUCCUCAGUUUGCAGGCUCAGCUCUGUAGCUGCCUACACGCUGUGGAACAGGUGGUGUACAGGAAACAGAGACAGUGCUGUGUGACGUGUGGCGAGCAGGGCUCGGUCUCUCUGUCCUGUGGCCAUGGACUACAGUGCGAGAGCUGCUCCACCUCCACAGAGUGCCCGCUCUGCCCUGAACAGACCCUGGAGCAGCAGCUCUCCUGACCCCGCAGACCCACUAGGACCACCACAGACCGCCACAGAUUCCAGACCAGUCAGUCCUGAUUCCACAGAUACCAGCCUUGGAUGUCGACCACCAUUCAAAAAUCACGUCGAGGUCAUUUUAUAACGUGCUAACAACACAAACGCUGAUCUGGUUUUUGUAUUUUUAAGAUGACGUUUAGUGAUGAAUGACCUGCACAGGUCACUAAAGGAAAGCUCUUAAUGUGGUAUUUAGGAUUAACAAUUUUUUCUCGUGGUUACCCAUGGAACACCAGUACUCUUUACUAGUUAAUGCUCUUGACCAGCAACACUGUUCUCUACCCCUGUUCUCGAUUUGUGAAAAUAACUUUUUAAGACCUGCUGUUGUUUCUUCUCUAACUAUGAAACAUUUACAUACAUAGUUCUAAAUUGCAUUUUGGUAUGUUUUUGAAGCAUAAGCUCACCCUAAAAAGUGUUAUCUAUCCAUCUAGUUAGCCUAAGAUGUAAGAUGUUUGCUGUCACCUUAAUACAACAAAAGUCAGUCGCACUUAAAGCUCUGGAACAUUUCAGAUUAAAGUUGAACCGUUUGUUCUCUUUCCAGAAAUCAGGACGGUUACUUGUGAUAAUCCACAGUCCUCAUUAAAGGGACAGUUCAGUUUUAAGUGGGGUAUGGACAAUACAGUAGAUGUUAGUCAGCAUGCUUUUACUUUGGAGAAUCAGGCUGAAGUCCGACAUGGAAGCUAAGCGAGAGGUCAGAAACAAAAUGUAUUUUAGCCAUCAAAAAAGUAAAAAAAUAAAAUAAAUAUCAAUGUCUGUUUAAGUGUUGCCUACAAUGAGAGUAUUUUCGUAGCUUUACCUCAAUGUCAAAUGGUAAUUUCUGCUGGGGAAAAAGAAGCCGUUAAAUUUCUCUCUUCAGAGCCAAACGCCAAUGAGAAAAACACUGAUUUAACGUCACUGAACACAGGAGCUGCUGA